AUGCGCCAGGUCGUGCCACCACCCGCAUUGCGUGAUACCAUCGCGGUGCGCAACUUGAAUGUGCGGCUCCUGGUGGGCCCCGAUGCCUGGGGCCGCGAACGGCCCCAGCCUGUGUACAUCGAUGCCAAGAUCCGUACGGAUGUAUCACGCGCAGGCCAAACGGAUGAAGUGGGGGACAGUCACAAUUACGGCACGCUCUACCGCGCUCUGGAAGCGCUCAGCACACCAAGUGCCUCGUUUGCCAAUAUGGCGCAUCUCGCCGAGGUGUGUGCUCGCACCUGCAUAGAGUCGUGCCAUGCGCCAUGGGCCGAUAUCGAGGUUCGGCUACCGCGCUCGCAGCUUCGCGCUGCCUAUGCGUCUGUGAUCCUCACACGGACGCCGCACGCUCUCGCACACCCGUCGAGCGAGGACGCACAAGCUCUUUGUGCGGCAGAUCACACACACCUGCAUGACAUCGAUAUGUUUGUGAUCCUCGGUGUGAACCCAUGGGAGCGCGAGACCAAGCAGCGUAUCGCUAUGCAUAUCGACAUGUGGCCCCUCAUCGCAUCCACGUCGGCCUUGCAGGCGAUGGUACAGGAGGUGUGUACGUACGUGGAAUCCACGUCGUUCUUGACCAUUGAAACGCUCGUAACGCAAGUGGCGGAGCGGCUCCUUGUCCCACAUGCCCUCGACCAAGUCCGUGUGCGUGUCGACAAACCCAGCGCGAUUCUCCAUGCCGACGCGUCCAGUGUGGAAAUUGUGCGCGAUCGGUCGUUUUUCGUGGAGGAGGCGCCGUCGACGACCAAAGAGCACACGGCGAUCUUGGCGAUCGGGACCAAUCUGGGUGACCGGAUGGCGCACAUUCAAGCUGCCCUGACGAAGCUGGAAGCGCACCCUGCUAUUCACGUCGUUGACACGUCGUUCCUGUACGAAACCACCCCGAUGUAUUACACGGACCAGCCGCGCUUUCUCAAUGGCGCUUGCAAAAUCACGACCAGCCUGCUCCCUAUGGACUUGCUGGACGUGUGCCAGCGAAUCGAGAUCGAUGUGGGACGGACCAAGGUCGGUGUGCCUCGGAACGGUCCUCGUGUGAUUGAUUUAGACAUUCUGCUGUACGACCGAGAGGUCAUUGACGAAGGCGAGCGACUACAAGUACCUCAUCCACGUCUCGCAGAGCGGGCCUUUGUUCUGCAUCCCCUGUGCGAUCUAUGCCCAGACUAUGUACAUCCGGUGCUCCAAGCCAAGAUCUCGGCAUUGGCCCCUCGUGCCACGACAGAUAUGACUCGCGUCACGGCGAUGGGCCCAGCGCUGUGGCAUUGGGGAACCAAGACGUUUGUCAUGGGCAUUCUCAAUGCCACACCAGAUUCGUUCUCGGAUGGCGGACGUCACUUGAGCGUCGAAGCAGCGAUGACCUCUGCCCGUCGUAUGGCCGAGGCCGGUGUCGACAUGUUUGACGUCGGUGGGCAAAGCACGGCGCCUGGCGUCGUUGAAGUGACGUCGGACGAGGAGGCAGCGCGUGUCGUGCCCCUCAUUCAGGCUCUGGCCAACGACCCAGCGACGCAGCACAUCCCCAUUUCCAUCGAUACCUACCGCGCUGACGUCGCACGACAGGCGCUGGACGCGGGCGCGCAUGUGGUCAACGAUAUUAGCGGCGGCACACGCGAUCCGGCGAUGCUGGCAUUGGUCGCAGAGCGGCAGUGCCCGUAUAUCCUCAUGCAUAUGCGCGGCAAUGCCAAUACCAUGGCAUCCCUUACAACGUACGAACAGGGUGUUGUGCAGGGCGUCGUCGAGGAAUUGCAGCCCCUCGUGCUAGCUGCCAUGCAGGCAGGUAUCCGACGAUGGAACGUGAUAAUUGAUCCAGGGAUCGGCUUUGCGAAGGAUACGCAUGGCAACGUCGACCUGCUUCGGCACCUUCCGGCGCUCAAUGGCCCUGGCGCAGGGCAUUUCGGCACCGCCAAUGCGCCGCCUUUCGCGCCUGGAGACACCGCGCCCUCACAGCCUCUUGCGUCUAUGCGGCAUAUGCCAUUGCUGCUUGGCGUGUCUCGCAAGCGGUUCCUGGGCGCUUUGAUACAGGAUCCCAGCGCAGCACCAGCGCAGCGCAUGCAGGCCACGAUGGCCGCAUGUGCCGCUACCAUCCCUACGGGAUGUGUAGACAUUGUCCGAAUCCACGACGUAGUCCCUGCGAUGGAUAUGGUGCGGGCCACAAGUGACCAUCCAUAG